GAAUAUCAUCACUUUCUUUUUUCACGCCCCCACUUAACUCUCUCUCUCUUAUAUAUCUCAAACUUUCUCUUCUCUCACACCAAAGAGAAAUGAAAACGGAACUGAACAACAUCAUCGCAUCUUAGCUCAGAAUCUAGAGAGCCGUGAAACCCUAACCAAAACCAAAAUCCAACACUGCACGCAAAAGAAUCCCUCAACGAUCGCUUCCUCACAGUCCACUAGUUCAAACUAUAUGCUUCCUAGAAAGAGAGGUGUGGGAGGAGAGGUCGAAACGAAGCAAGAAGGAGAAGGAGAAGGAGUUGAAACGACGACGUCGCAUCAGAUCAUUUCCAUCGAGACGACCUUGACGAAGAAGCAUUGCGCUGUUGCGGCGACCACCACCACCACCACCACCACCACCACAGAGAGGAACAACACUAAGGGAAACGACGACGACAACAACAACAACAACAACAAAGCGAUCAACGAAAGCGGCGACACAUCGGCAUCGGCUCCUGACGAACCUUCCAUCAUGGCUUUAGGCAAUGGAGCUUCGACUGAUAUCGAUGAGGAUCUCCACAGUCGGCAGCUCGCGGUUUAUGGACGCGAGACGAUGCGGCGGCUAUUUGCAUCUAAUGUUCUUGUUUCCGGCAUGCAGGGCCUCGGCGCCGAGAUUGCGAAGAACCUUGUUCUUGCUGGUGUGAAGUCUGUGACGUUGCAUGAUGAUGGCGUUGUGGAGUUGUGGGAUUUGUCUGGAAAUUUCAUUUUUUCUGAGGAUGACGUGGGGAAGAAUCGUGCCCUUGCUUCUGUCCAGAAAUUGCAAGAGUUGAAUAACGCAGUGGUCAUUUCUACUUUGACAAGUGAAUUGACUAAGGAACAACUUUCAGAUUUUCAGGUGGUAGUUUUUACAGAUAUUAGCUUGAAGAAAGCAAUUGAGUUUGAUGAUUACUGCCGUAAUCAUCAACCUCCAAUUUCCUUUAUAAAAUCUGAAGUACGAGGCCUUUUUGGUAGCGUGUUUUGUGACUUUGGCCCUGAGUUUACGGUAUUUGAUGUGGAUGGUGAGGAUCCACAUACAGGCAUAAUUGCGUCUAUUAGCAAUGACAACCCCGCUCUUGUAUCCUGUGUUGAUGAUGAGAGGCUUGAGUUUCAGGAUGGGGACCUGGUUGUGUUCUCUGAAGUCAAUGGAAUGACAGAACUAAAUGAUGGAAAGCCAAGGAAGGUUAAGAAUGCAAGACCCUACUCGUUUGCCAUUGAGGAGGACACCACACAGUAUGCUGCAUAUGUGAGAGGUGGCAUUGUCACACAGGUGAAGCAACCUAAGGUGUUAAACUUUAAGCCGUUGCAAGAAGCACUAAGGGAUCCUGGUGAUUUCCUUCUAAGUGACUUCUCCAAGUUUGAUCGUCCACCCCUCCUUCACCUGGCAUUUCAAGCUCUUGAUAAAUUUAUAUUGGAGUUUGGACGCUUUCCAGUUGCUGGAUCAGAGGAUGAUGCUCAGAAGUUCAUUUCUCUGGUCAUUGGCAUCAAUGAUACCUUAUCAGAUGGGAGGCUUGAGGCAAUUGACCAAAACCUUCUUCGUCAUUUUGCAUCUGGUGCUAGGGCUGUGCUGAAUCCCAUGGCUGCAAUGUUUGGUGGUAUUGUUGGACAGGAAGUUGUGAAGGCUUGCUCUGGGAAGUUUCAUCCUCUUUUCCAGUUUUUCUACUUCGACUCAGUUGAGUCCCUUCCCACGGAACCCUUGCAUCCUAGUGAUCUGAAACCCUUAAACAGUCGUUAUGAUGCACAAAUUUCAGUGUUUGGAUCCAAACUCCAGAAGAAACUUGAGGAUGCAAAAGUAUUUAUUGUGGGAUCUGGUGCACUGGGGUGUGAGUUCUUGAAGAAUUUAGCGCUGAUGGGGGUUUCUUGUAAUAAACAAGGGAAAUUAACAAUUACAGAUGAUGAUGUUAUUGAGAAAAGUAACCUCAGCAGGCAGUUUCUCUUCAGGGACUGGAACAUUGGGCAGGCUAAGUCAACAGUCGCUGCUUCAGCUGCUGGUUUGAUAAACCCUCGCCUCAACAUUGAAGCACUGCAGAACCGCGCAGCCCCUGAGACAGAGAAUGUAUUUGAUGACACAUUCUGGGAAAACCUGAAUGUUGUAAUCAAUGCUCUGGACAAUGUGAAUGCUAGGCUUUACAUUGAUCAGAGAUGCUUAUAUUUCCAGAAGCCAUUAUUGGAAUCAGGGACCCUAGGUACCAAGUGCAACACUCAGAUGGUUAUUCCUCACCUUACCGAAAAUUAUGGUGCCUCUCGAGAUCCACCUGAAAAGCAAGCACCCAUGUGCACAGUUCAUUCAUUCCCUCACAAUAUUGACCACUGCUUGACAUGGGCUCGAUCUGAGUUUGAGGGUUUGCUUGAGAAGACACCAGCUGAAGUGAAUGCUUAUCUAAUCAACCCAAAUGAAUACACAUCUGCAAUGAAGAAUGCUGGCGAUGCUCAGGCCAGGGACAACUUGGAACGUGUUCUUGAAUGCCUUGACAAGGAGAAAUGUGAAGCAUUCCAAGAUUGCAUAGAAUGGGCUCGUCUGAAGUUCGAAGAUUACUUUGCCAACCGUGUGAAGCAGUUAACAUACACUUUUCCCGAGGAUGCUACAACCAGUAAUGGGACACCAUUCUGGUCUGCUCCCAAGCGCUUCCCUCGCCCACUGCAGUUCUCAGUUGAUGAUCUCAGUCACCUCUAUUUUAUUAUGGCAGCAUCGGUACUACGUGCAGAGACAUUUGGCAUCCCAAUUCCUGAUUGGGUCAAGUCCCCUAGCAAGAUGGCUGAUGCUGUUAACAAAGUGAUAGUCCCUGAUUUCCAGCCCAGGAAAGGUGUUAAAAUUGAGACAGAUGAAAAAGCUAACACCCUUUCCGCUUCAUCAAUUGAUGAUGCUGCUGUUAUUGAUGAGUUGAUCAUGAAGUUAGAAGACUGCCAGAAUCAGUUGCCCCAAGGUUUCAAGAUGAAUCCAAUUCAGUUUGAGAAGGAUGAUGACACAAACUAUCAUAUGGACCUAAUAGCUGGACUUGCGAACAUGAGGGCAAGGAAUUAUGGUAUCCCUGAAGUUGAUAAGCUUAAGGCCAAGUUCAUUGCAGGGAGGAUCAUCCCGGCAAUUGCAACCGCCACUGCCAUGGCGACAGGUCUUGUCUGCUUGGAGCUGUACAAGGUUAUAGAUGGAGGGCAUAAAUUAGAGGAUUACCGAAACACCUUUGCGAACCUAGCUCUCCCUCUUUUCUCAAUAGCUGAGCCAGUUCCUCCUAAAUUGAUUAAGCACAAGGACUUGAACUGGACUGUGUGGGACAGAUGGAUUUUGAAGGACAAUCCAACAUUGAGGGAGCUUCUUCAAUGGCUGAAAGACAAGGACUUGAAUGCUUACAGCAUCUCUUAUGGGAGUUGCCUACUUUAUAAUAGCAUCUUCCCAAAGCAUCGAGAGCGCAUGGAUAAGAAGUUAGUGGAUUUGGCUAGGGAAGUGGCCAAGGCAGAUCUACCUCCAUAUCGACAUCACCUUGAUGUGGUAGUGGCUUGUGAGGAUGACGAUGACAAUGAUAUCGAUAUCCCUCAGGUUUCGGUUUACUUCAGGUAGGCAUUUUGACAGUAAAAAAAAGAAAAGAAAAGAGAAUGCUGUCUUAGGAUGGGACCCUAUCUUAAUUAGAACUCCAGUUUAACGCAUGGGAUGUAUGUUAUAGUAACUCCUUUUCUGCAUAUAUACCGAUGGUGUUAAGUAUC